CCGGGUGAUAUCCUGAGCUGGCGGAGUCCAGCUCGCUUGGAGGACCUUGCACCGUUCCAGCCUCUGCUGUGAGCAGCGAUGGAGACCGGCCGUGUGGUGGGAGCUGGGGCCGUGCUGGUGGUACUGGUGGUGCUGGGAGCCCACCUGUCUGGUGGCAAGGAGACGUCAGGGUAUUUCCAGGACCAGUUUAAGGGUGACUGUUACUUCACCAAUGGUACCGAGCGGGUGAGGUUUCUGGAGAGGCACAUCUACAACCGGGAGCAGUACGUGCACUUUGACAGCGAGGUGGGGUACUAUGUGGCUGACAAUCUCCUGGGCGAGCCUGUUGCCAAAUACUUCAACAGCCAGCCCGACAUCCUGGAGCAGAAACGGGCUGCUGUGGACACGUUCUGCCGAUACAACUACGGGGUGUCGACCCCUUACGCUGUGGAGAGGAGAGUUCAGCCCAAAGUGAGGGUCUCCCCCAUGCAGUCGAGCUCCCUGCCCCAGACCGACAGGCUGGUUUGUGCCGUGACGGGGUUUUACCCCCCGGAGAUUGAGGUGAAGUGGUUGAAGAACGGGCAGGAGGAGACGGAGCACGUGGUGUCCACGGAGGUGAUGCAGAACGGAGACUGGACCUACCAGGUGCUGGUGAUGCUGGAAACCACCCCGCAGCGCGGGGACACCUACACGUGCCAGGUGGAGCACGUCAGCCUGCAGCACCCCGUCACCCAGCACUGGGGGCUGCAGUCGGACGGCGGCAGGAGCAAGAUGCUGACGGGGGUGGGGGGCUUCGUGCUGGGGCUCAUCUUCCUGGCGCUGGGGCUCUUCCUCUACAUGCGCAAGAAGGGCGCCGCCUUCCCCAGGCUGCAGGGCUCCUGAACAAAGUCCUGCCCCUGCGGAUCUGCUCCGCCGCCGCCCGUCCUCUGCCCCCCGGCCUCACCUCUGCCCCGCACGGCCCUGUCCCGGAGCCCCACAUCUCCCCACUGACCCCCGGGGUCACCCCCUCCUUCCCAGCCCUGCCCAGCUUCACUGUCACUGCUCUGCAGCCCCGGAGUGCCCAGGGCUUGGCGAGGGUGGCCCUUGGCCGCUCCGGCUCAGCCUAAUAAAGUGUCCCAGUACCCUCCGGC